GUGAUAACACUACUGUUAACAUUUUCUCGUCGUGUUUACUGUUUUGUCAUUGGUAGGUAUAAGCAAUUUAACGCUUACACUGCUUAUUAUUAUUUUUUUUGUUUUGUCUUGCAAUAAACCGUCGCUCGGUUUUUUUAAUUUACGCCGUUCACGUUCUUGGUCAAUCGCGAUGAACGGAAAUCGGCCAUCACAGUAAACGAGCAGUAGUGACACCGUGCGCGCGAUUGAUUUAUUUCGCUUUUCAAAAUGAUCAAGUCCAGCUAUCUGUGCGUUUUGGCCGUCCUGUGGUGCUCGACACCGUCCACUCGGUCGCAAAUCAAUAACUUGGACACCGAAUGGCAUUGUCCGCAGCACUGGAUCCAGUACAGCACCUCCUGUUAUAAGUUUGUAAAGUCGCCGUACCGACCGAGAAGUGAAGCCCACAGAAACUGUUUGGCUUCUGGAGGUGAUUUAGUUAGUGUUACUGACAUAAAUGAGCAUGGUUUUCUCGUAAAUCAACUCUUGAAACAGGACCCUCAACAUAGACAGUGGUAUGUGGGUGGUAAGCAAACAAGCCCUGGAGUAUGGGUAAAUGAUGUAGACAACAAUACUCCACUUAUGAAUAUCGAAGGAGCAUUAUUACCUGAACAACACACUACAUUAAACAGAGAUUAUCUUGCAUAUACAUAUUCAGUUCAAUUACAAAAAUGGGGAUUUGAAAAAGUUCCAGGAGAUCGACAUUUGCUUUAUAUAUGUGAAAUGCCACUAAAUAAACAACAUUUAAUAGUUGAAGAACGUUCUUAUAAGUAUGGCUAUAACAUUGAUGAUCAGCAAAAAGUGCCCCGAGGUCCUUAUUUUAUUAAAGAACCUACAGAUGUAGUAUUUGAUAGUUCUAGAAUAUCAAUUACCAAUGAUGUAGCUUUGAGUUGUGUUGCUGGAGGUUAUCCAACACCAACAUAUGAGUGGUUUAAAGAAGAAUAUGAUAACCAGGAUCAAUUGUUAGCUACAAAAAUUGAUCCACUAAGUAAUAAGAGAUUCACAUUAAGUGGCGGAACUCUUAUUAUUUAUGCUCCUAAAAGGGAUGAAGAUAGAGGUCGAUAUCAUUGUAAAGCAUCAAAUAUGUUUGGUUCUGUAGUUUCUGAAAGCAUACAACUUUCAUUUGGAUUUAUUGGUGAAUUUAAUUUACAACGUCCUCUUGAACGUGGUAAUAAGAAUUGGGGAAAAACAAUAUUUUGUGAUCCUCCUCAAUAUUUCCCUGAGGUGAGAUAUUAUUGGGUCAGAGAAUCAUUUCCUAACUUGGUUCAAGAAGAUCGUAGAGUGUUCGUCUCAUACGAUGGAUACUUAUAUUUUUCCGCUUUGGAAGAAAGUGAUGCUGGUAACUAUAGUUGCAAUGUGCAAAGUGAAGUUUCAAAUACCGGCAAGAAUGGGCCCUUGUUCCAGUUACAUGUAGUGACACAUUCUGACUAUCAACAACUUAUACUACCCAACAACUUCCCAAAAGCUUUUCCAGAAGCACCUAUUGCUGGCCAAGAAGUUAGACUUGAAUGUGUUGCAUUCGCAUAUCCUGUACCUUCAUAUAAUUGGACAAGAAAAGGUUCUCCGUUACCUAAAGGCUCUUAUUUGACAAGCUACAAUCGUGUAUUGAUAAUUCCUGAAGUUAAAGUGGAAGAUCAAGGAGAAUAUAAUUGCCAUGUUUUUAAUGACCGGGAUAGUAAAGAGAAAAGUGUUACUCUAACAAUACAAGCUGAACCUAACUUCACAAUCCCACUGGAAGAUAAACACAUGGAUCACCAGUCAGAUUUGACAUGGACAUGUGAAGCUUUUGGCGUUCCAGAUGUAACAUAUAAGUGGUUUAAAAAUGGUGAACCACUAGAAAUUGAUAAACUAUUACCUGAUGAUCAAAAACGGUAUGUGAUACAAGACAAUGUAUUGAGCAUAAAAUAUUUAGAACAUGAAAAAGAUUCAGGAAUGUAUCAAUGUCAAGCUCGCAAUACUUUAAAAACCCGUUACUCAUCUGCACAGUUAAGAGUGCUAUCUUUACGGCCAUCAUUUAAGAAAAAACCUUUGGAGCCUGAAAUAUAUGGCGCUGAAGGCAAAAAUGUUACAAUUAAAUGUAAUCCUGAAGCUGCACCUAGACCUAAAUUUACAUGGAAAAAAGAUGGAUACACAAUAGGGGCUGGGGGUAGGCGUCGCAUAUUAGAAAAUGGAAAUUUAAUUAUAGAUCCAAUUGGUAGAGAUGAUGAAGGCAUGUAUGUAUGUAUUGCUGAAAAUUUGUAUGGAAUUGCAGAAAGUCAUGGAAGACUUAUUGUUAUGCGUGGCCCUGUGUUCAUUGAACAACUAAAUCCCCAAAUCAGAUCAAUUGUUAAACAUGACUUACUAUUACGUUGCCAAGCUGUUUCUGAUGAACUCUUAGAUAUUGCAUAUGUUUGGACCCACAACAAUAUGCCAUUGGUUAAUUCUAAUUCUGAACUUACGGGACAUGUUAGCAUAAAUAGUGGAGAGCUUUACAUUCGUAACAUGACAUUGGAAGAUUCUGGUGAAUACAAAUGUUUUGUACACAGUGUAGUUGGGGAAAUAUCAUCAACAACUACUUUAUUUGUUGAUGGACCUCCUGGACCUCCAGGUGGACUACAAGUUGAAGUCAUAAAGACAUCUGCCAAACUUCAAUGGUCUGAUGGUGCAUCAAACGGUCGUCAAAUUACACAUUAUAUAGUAAGCGCCCGCUCACAAUGGAACAGUACUUGGUAUACAGUUGCCACAGAUUUUAUAGUCAAGGAAGUUGAUAGGUAUAAUGGACGUAAAGAAGCAUUUUUAGAAAAUGUUUUGCAACCUUGGUCCAAGUAUGAAUUUAGAAUGAUAGCAGGAAAUGAGCUUGGCUUUGGUGAAAUAUCUCUUCCUUCACCUCAAGUUAACACACCAGCUGAUCGUCCGUAUAAAGCACCUACAAAUAUCACUGGAGGUGAUGGCAAAAUUGGAGAUUUAACAAUUGUGUGGAAACCACUACUUCCUCAAGAUCAAAAUGGACCAGGUAUCUAUUAUAAAAUAUAUUGGAGACGUUUGGAUCAUGAUACAGAUUUUCAGUAUGAGACAUUGCAAGAUAGUGGUAAUAUUGGAAUGGCAGUGGUGCACAUAAAGCCAGAAUUUUAUUAUACUAAAUAUGAAGUCAAAGUUCAACCUUUUAAUUCAUUCGGUGCUGGUCCUAUAUCAGAUCCUAAAGUGAUAUACAGUGCAGAAGAUAUGCCACAAGUAUCUCCACAGCAAGUGUUUGCUAUUUCUUACAACUCAACUGCCAUUAAUGUAAGUUGGGUACCAAUUGAUCAAUCACGGGAAAUGCUGCGCGGUAAAUUAAUUGGUCAUAGAUUAAAGUAUUGGAAAAAAGAUAAGAAUGAGAAAGAAGAAGAUGCUGUAUAUUAUUUAAGUAGAUUUGUUAGGCCUUGGGCACUUAUUGUUGGAUUGCAACCAGAUACAGAAUAUUACGUAAAAGUUAUGGCUUUCAAUUCAGCUGGAGAAGGUCCAGAGAGUGAGCGAUAUAUUGAACGAACAUAUAGAAAAGCUCCACAAAAACCACCAUCAUCUGUUAUAAUAGAUGGCAUAAAUCCAGGUACCAUACAUGUGACUUGGCGAUAUGUACAACCAACACUAGAAGAAGAACCAAUCAAAGGCUAUAAGGUGCGGGUUUGGGAAAACGAUCAAGACAUGAGUACUGCAAAUGAUACGAUUAUUGAAAUCGAAAGCAAAUUAGAAGCAUACAUUACUAACCUGACACCUGGAAAAGUGUACAAACUUCGAGUAUUGGCAUAUUCUAAUGGCGGAGAUGGGCGGAUGUCAUCACCCAUUAACACUUUCCAAAUGGGUAAUCCCGAUCUGUACUUGACCAACAAUGCGAGCAGAAACUCGGCAGUCUGUCUGUCGAUCGUGUUACUAUUGAGGUUGUACAGCAUCAUUUAAAAAGUAAUAGAUCUAAAACGUAAUGCGCACGCGCACAUAUAAUAAUCUCAAUUAUUAUAUUUUUAUAACACUUUUUUUUUACUAUUUUAAACGUAUAGUUUUAAGUUUAAGACAAUAAUUCGUUUUGAGUAUGGUCAACUUUUGUGAUUAUGGUCAAAAUAUAUCAUAAUAGAUUAUAUAUAUUUAUAAGAAUAUAAACCUGCAACGGUAAACUCAGUAUAAUAUUGUUCAUACAAGUAAUUAUAUAUAUAUAUAUGAUUUUGGUGUACGUAAUGUGCCGCAUUAUAUACCAAUUAAUGUAUAUUAUGCAGAAACAGUGCCUUGAAAUAUUAUUAAUAAUAUUAUUAUACGCAUGAAUCAAAAACUCUCGCCUGUGUUCAAAAUAUAUGAUUGACAGCCAUUAUUUAAUAUACUAAAAUUGUGAUUUAAUACUAUUCUGUAGAAAUAAGUGUGAUUUUUAAUUUAAAUACUGCAAAAUUUACUUAUAAGUAUAAUUUCAACGUUGUAAAAAUACUUGUUUAAAACGUUUCAAGCAUAAGCCAUUUAAACGCAUGCGCCGAUGUUAGAUAAUACAGCUGUGGUUCUUAACCUUUUUUUUGUUCGUAGCAUGGGUGUUUUAUAAAAAUCCCAGAGCACCCUACACACUUUAACGUGUAUGAAUUAUUUAUAUUUUCAAUAAUUUUUCGGUACAUCUAAUGUAAAUUCAUGGAACAUUAGUGUUUCGCGGCACACCAGUUGAGAAUCACUGUAAUAAUAUAGUAUAAAAUAAUUAGUUUAUAGUGAUUAUAAUGUUCAUACCUACAAGUUGUUUUAAAAUAAUGAAUUUCGAGCGAAAAAUUCCUAGUAUAAAAAUGAAUCCAUUCUAAUAUUAUGUACAUAUAACUUAUAAAUUAUAAUAUACUAGUCUAUAAUAAUUUUAAUAUAAUUAAAUAUCAAUACAAACAAAUAAUUAAAUAUUAAUUUACUUUUUUUAUCAUUAUAGGUAAAAUUUAAGAGAGUUUUUUUAAAACAGAUCAUUAAUAAAAUAUUUUAUACUAUGCUAUUAACAAACAUUUUUUUAAUCUAUAAUUAGUUAAAAAAUGAUAAUAAUACGUUAAGAAAAAUGGUAAAAUAAUAUUAAACGCUAUCUAAUAUUAUAUGACACAAAUUUAAUUUUGAACAUAAAAAACAAACUAUUAUUAUAGUUGUAUCUGUUUUUAAAGAUUCACUAAUAAGUAAAUCACAAAAAAACUAUUUAAUUUAAAAAAUAUAAAGGUAAUAAAAUAUUGCAUUAAAUUAUGUUUGAAUAAAAUCGGAAUAAGUUUAUUACAUCUAAUAUUUAGUUAAUGGAUCAUACUUACCCAUGAAUAACAUUCAAAAUUCCCAUAUAUAUAUAACUUAUAGUACAACAAUAGUACAUACUGAGUAUACUGGGUAUUAUAUUUCCAUAUUUUGAUUUAUAAUUAGGUAAUUAUCAUUUAGGAAGUACAUAUAAAAAUGGAUUGAUUUUUAUAAUGGGAAUAUUUUCCAAAUAUCUCUGACAACACGUAGAACUGCCAAAAAAAAAAAAACAUUUAAACAUAAAAUCACUAUUUACAAUAUACAUAUACAUUACAUACAUAUAUUGUAUACAUUAUGUAUAAAUAAUCAUAAUAAUAUAAUCCGUCCACUUAAACAUUUUACAACAUUGACUUAUUUUCAUAAUGUAUAUUAUUUUAUUUUUGUACUUGCGUUUAUGAAUAAAAGUUAGUUAUCGCGAUUUCAUUCUUAUAGGUAUAUAUUUUUAUAUUAAUUGCUUUUUAUAUUUUUUAUUCAUUAUUUUUAUGUAUACAUUUUUAUUUUAUUUUAUACUGUGUAAUAUGCGUUUUUUUUAGUUUAAGUGAAUCUUAUCCGUCCAUAUAUACUAUCUAGUGAUAUUUUUUAGUGCACAAUAAUGACGUACCUAUUAAAGUAGUCGUUUAUAUUUUAUUUAUGACAAAUAUUAACAAACAUAUAGUUAUGUAGUGCUUAGAACAACAAUAAUGUUUAUUAAAUACCAUUUUAUAUACUUAUGAAACUUUGUGACUUUAUUGGCAAUGUGUAACGUCCACUUAUUUUUUGUUUAAAUAUUAUAUUAUUAAAGGUAAUCACAAUAUA